UUUUGGUUAUUUUACAUUAAUUUUUGUUAAAAUGUGUAAAUAAAAUUAACUUGGUUGUAAAAUAUGAAGAAUGGGCCCAAAAAUAAUUAAAUGCUAGUAAGAUGUUUAAUGAACCACCUGAUUACUUAUCCGUUCAGAGCGGGCAAACUUCUGAUAAUCCACUUCUUAUGCCCCUGGAUAACAGCCAACUACUUCACAUUCUGCUCAAUUUUCAGGAUACAAAUUCAUUCCUGACUAAUGAUAACACUAAAUCAUUCAUAGGAAGGAAUCAUGGAAUGUGUAGUGAAAAGGAAUAUAAUCAGAAGGUACAGAUGAACACCGCAAAUGACCUUGAACGUGACGCAUCACGCAAUGUAAACCCGAAACUAACUUUAAAAAGCUUCCAGAGGUCAGAUGCAUUUAGAACUUUUAAGCCCGAGGAUGUACGUUCAGCCUUCUGGUGCCGUAGAACGGUUUAUUACUCACUUACACAUUUUAUUGAUGCUGAUAUAAACCGGAAGCCAUAUCUGAUGGAUAAGCCUUUUGGAUACAUAGAUGUAUAUAACUUUUUGAGAGAUAGGCUAAGGAGCAUUUGGCAGGAUUUAACAGUUCAGCGCUGUACAAAGCAUCGAGGAUAUAUUGAGUCCUUUGAGAUCAGCGUACGAUUUCUCAUUUACUCCAAUGAGUUGUUAUCGCAGAAUGAAGAAUAUGAUGAGAAACAAAACCUAGUCUUACUUAACACCUGCUUGGAUAAGUUAAUGAAUGGGUAUGAUGACGUAAGAGUGUCACUUGGUAGAGUCCAUGGCACUAAUGCACCAGGUGAUGGUAGACUGAUAAAUCUGGAUAAUCGACUGUAUAACUUAGUGUUAAGUACAUUGACUUACGUUUCAGAGCAUGAGCCUGAAUUCUGGUCAUACCGUCUACUAUUAUUAAUACCUCAGAUACUAACUCCAGGAAGUUCUGCAACAUUUUGUGACACUUGCCAGAGGAUACCUAAACCAAUUAAGAAUCACCCACUAGUCAAGUAUUCUAUUUCAUGCUGUCUGGCUGCUGUAUCUGGAAACGCAUACCUUUACUUUAAGCUGAUGAACAGCCCCAAGUGCCACCCCCUUCAGGCGGCACUGAUGAACCGCUUCUCUUCCUGUGUAAGAAUUAGAUUUCUGUUCAACGUUGCCAAUUUUAAGCUAGUUAAAGACUCAGUUAAUCCUCUUAACUAUGAAACGCUAACGCAACUUUUGGCCUACGAAGAUAUAAAUGGACUAGUUAGCCUAUUGCAGAGAUAUAACGUUAAUGCCAGUAACAUGGCUAGAGGAUCGGACCUGCUGGAGUUGGAGAAAAUUGACAUGGAAAAACUAAUGCAUGAUAAUAAUCACUUGUCAAAAGUGUUCGGAAAGGUACAGACUACCAGCAGAGUAGUCCUGGCAAAGUUUUCAGGCUAUAAAUACAGGCAGCUGAUAAUGGACCCGGAUUUCAGAGCUCCUUUCAUAACACUAGAAGAUAUUCCCAAUAACAGUCAAUACGGUCUGGAAGUUCAGAAAGGAAGGGAAUUUAAAGUACCAGAUAUUCCAACCACUGUAAACGCCCCUAAAAGUGUAAACAACGAAGUAAAGCAACCAGUUACGUUCAAUAACGUAGCAGAACCUGUAAGCAGAAGAGAGUAUGUGCCAGAUUUUGUCUAUAAACCUGCACAAAUUGACGAGAAAAGUUUCUAUGGCGAGAAAAUACGAUCAAAGCUGAUGGAGCUGAGAAAAAUUAAUAUGGUUAAGUUGGAACUGAACAAUUCAUCGCCGAAUUUAUUCUUUGAUCAAAUUAACUCCAAACAACUUAAUUCAAUAUUAAAGUUUUUCUACAACAGUAAUCAUGUCGAUGUUCAAACAGUUAAGAGUAUUAAGCCGGUGGUUAGUAAUCAGUUGGAUGAUAACGUGACCAGAUUAGUGAGUAGCAAUAAGAGGCCAAAAACGGGUGAAGAUACAAAUAGAAAGCAAAAAUUAACUAAACUUAAUGAGAUGAACGAGACCAAUUACGGCCAUGUCAAAAGUAAUGAAAUAUACUUAAGUAUAGAAGGAAGUAAAAUAUAUUUGGAAAAUGAGUAUAAUAAGGUAAAAUCCCAAUAUAACUUUACUAAAUACACUAGCAUGUGUAACGAGUGUAAUGAUAGAGUGAGGGCUAGAAUUUGUACCUUUUUAUCCCAGUCACUAACCGAAACUAACAAGGAGCUAAAGCAAAAACUAUAUAGAUUGUUGUGUGAAUUAUAUAAACUAUCGCAUAAAUUUAUGAAAAAGAAAGGAACAUUUAAAGGUUUGAUUAGAUUUUUCAAGCAUGUUUUCUCAAAGGAUUUCUAUAAAAUUGACCCCAAAACUCUUAAAUCACACUUAAAACAGUUAUUCAUUCCCUUAGUGGCACAGUUACCAGGUCAUAUAUUUAACCUUUUAUUAAAGACCAUUAAUGCAGUAUCGACUAUUAAAAGCGAAGAUGCUCAAGUUAAUAGUAUAUUUAAGGAUAUAAUGGGGGUAUUGAAUAAUGGAGUUGAUAGAAUAGUGAAUAAAACUUAUGAAGGGAUGGUUGAAAUGGUUGAAAAUCGCGUUGUGGACUAUGACCCAACCCUUUGGGGGACUGGUGUAUCUCUACACAUUUCUUUAUUUAAUUUAUACACCCCAGAACUGAGUUUUGAUGGACUAAGAAGAGGAGUUGGGAGCGGAAUAGUUGGUUUUAAAAAUAAUAUUCAAGACUAUUAUCACAAUAAUUAUGCAAUCCAGCAUAAACAAGACGUGAUAAAUAUGCUAGCACACAAUGAUAACACUCUUAAAAGUAGUUGUGAGACUACGAAUAAGACGUUGGGAGAAGUAAGGGGAAGGGAUAUGAUAGCACAAAGAUUGUUGGUAAAUGGAGUAGAAUAUAAAAAUAGUAGUAUGAAAAACAGUAUCAACAUACCAAUUACACUAAACGUAUCAUUUAACGCCACGGACGCUCCUCUUUUAAAGGGUUUGCCGACUAGUAAUACUCUUAGUAACGAGAAUAUGGAGUCCUCGGGAAUGUAUAAGAUUAAUCCACACGUGGUGUUGUUUUCAUGUACAAGACCGAUAAUAAUAAACAAUAACAGUUAUGUGUUUAACCUUUUUAACGGUAUUAACCAAGAUAAGAAGGUAACUUUUGGGGAUGGACUGUCAAUUAUUGAUUCUUUGACAAUUUUGUCAUAUCUGGCUAAUUUAAAACAAGAUUGCCGAACCAAACUGGUGGUUUGCUAUAGAUUAAGUGUAACUAAGUUGGAUAUGCUACUGUUAUAUAAAUUAAUUGGCAGAUGUAGAAGUAAUUUUUGUACUCAUAAAUCAGGAAAUUAUUCUGAUAAAUUGAGUGAACUCAUUAACAAUCUUAACAAAGAGUUGUUGGGUUCAUUGAUUGAACAAGGACUUGUACAUAAUACACCAAAUGCAAGGACUUUAAUUACAGAGUCAAUAAACUUUUGUUGCACAGGGUUUGAAUACCACACUCCUCUCACUAAUUAUACAUAUUACAAUACACCAAAUAGUAUUAAUAAGUUUUUGAAUGGAAAUAACACCACGUACAAUGAUAUAAACGGAAUGAAAGAUACUCAAGAGAUAUUGGUGGUAAGAUUAUCAUAUGAACAUGACCUGAUAAAGGUGUUGUUAGGAGUGUGCGAAGGUUUAGUAAGCAGUGGAAGUGUUAAAUUAAUGCAAAACCCAGUUGAAUUGCCAGAUUUAUCAAAACUGUUGUUGGAUAUAGUAAAGGCGGAAAAUUACAUGAAUGAAGUUUUACUUAAUCCACAAGGGCUACUUUCCAACUCGUUACAGAAGGUGAUUAACAGCAUAAUACUUAAAUUUCCAGAGGAGGUGUGGAGUUUGCAUGACGGAGUCGGUGACAAGUCAGGAAGUUACUCAAAAAAUUCAUUGAUAACACUUUUGAUGAAUUUAAAAGAUAGAAUUAGAUGCACUCCACUACCAGCUGUUAACAAUAAUCUGCAAAGAGGGUUGGAAAGUAAGAAUAGGGUAUUAGAGAAGUACAUAGGGAGUGUAAUGGAAUGUUAUAGAAUAGAAGGAUAUAAAGUACCGUAUAUUGUAGCUCAUUUUCUGAAGCACAUUAAUAGUAUUUAAUUUUUUAACACAAUAAUUACUUUAUAAAAUGAAGGUGUUAGUGAUACAUAUUUAUAUGUACAU